AUGGGAGAUAAAAAGCUAAAACCAAUUAUAUUGGAAGUUAAGGUUCUUCAGGCAUCGGGCGGUCACUACAGUCAAAGAUCGGGUCCGAGUAGUCGUCAGUGCAGCGAUCGGCGCCGGAAUCGCUUCGAAACCAGUUCUCUGGACUCCAUCAACAAUAGCCCGUCAGAAAUGUCGGCUCAGAACGGGUCGCCAGUGUUGCCCAAAUCGCGAUCAAUGGCCACAAUGAAGAACUGUUCCCAAUGUGUGGUUAAACCCAUAAAAUUGAGUUACAGUAGACGUGAGGUGAAGAAAGCGCAGAAAUUAUUCAUAAUUGUGGUGUUUUUCAUGUUAUGUUGGAUACCUUUGUAUACAUUGAAUACAAUCAAUGUCUUCUGUCACGACUGCUUUAAGUCCAAACCGGUGUUCGAUGUCCUCAUUAUUCUCUCGCACCUCAAUAGCGUCGGCUCACCCUUUCUCUACGCUUUCCAUAUGAAGGACUUCCGGGAAGCGCUUCGGCGACUGUUAUGCAAGUGUGCGAUACGUCAGCGACACUUCCGAGACCUCCGACGACAGGAACUCUUCAGUAUCAGUCAACAGCACUCGUUGGCCAAUAAUCACUCGUUGGCCUAUCGUUCCCGUGGUUUACAACAUAACACACUCGAGAUGUACGAAAAUACUCCACAAAUGACACCACAGAUGACUCCCCAUCUUUAA